GGUCCUCCUGCCUGUCCUUGAAUUGAAGGUUUGUAAAAUCAAAGCCGCCCCUUUUUUUCUUUUGCGCCUACAAAUAUGAAUUCCUUUCUCACAUUUUCUUCAAACCCUUUUUUCUUUUUGCUCUUAUAACAACUAACUCUCUCUUCUACCAAAAACAAAAUCAUCUUUUUAAGGUUUAGAACACCUUGUUCUUGUUUCGUUUUUUAAGGGUUUAAACCAGGAUUAUAUACACAUAAUUCUAUAUGGGAGAAGCACCUGCAUUUCUUGUUGAGGAUCUUCAGGAUGGACCUCUUAAUGGUCUUGAAUUGAAAAAUGGAACUUGUAAAACAACUACUACCGUUGGCGAUAAAACGUAUGUCACUGUUGGAGCUGGUGAUGGAACUUUGUCCAUUGACGUUCAAAUUUUUGACCGUAGUCUUGGAGAAUGGGUUCACCCAACUGUGCUAGGCACCAAACCCUUGUCGUGCAAAGGUCACUCUGCUGUGCUUUGCGAAAACCGGAUACUAGUUCUUAAGAAGGGUUCUAAAUUGGAUGAUCAGAUAUGGUUCCUAGAGGUGGACACCGAAUAUGUUAGGCAGCAGCGAAAAAAGUUGGGCACUGAGGUUGUUGCGUGGAGUAAGGGUGUGAUAGGCAAUGCUGAAAAACCUAUUGUUAUUAGUGGUCCUUCUGGAGUUGGUAAAGGAACACUGAUAUCAAUGCUCAUGAAGGAAUUCCCAUCAAUGUUUGGUUUUUCGGUGAGCCAUACAACCCGUGCUCCAAGAAAUAUGGAGAAAGACGGGGUCCAUUACCAUUUUACCGAUAAGAGUGUGAUGGAGAAAGAGAUUAAAAAUGGAAAAUUUCUUGAAUUUGCAUCUGUCCAUGGUAAUUUGUACGGGACCAGUGUUGAAGCUGUUGAAGUGGUAGCAGAUGCAGGAAAAAGAUGUAUUCUUGAUAUUGAUGUUCAAGGAGCAAAAUCUGUGAGGGCUAGUUCUCUUGAAGCCAUAUUCAUCUUUGUCUCUCCACCAUCAAUGGAAGAGCUUGAGAAGCGCCUUCGUGACAGAGGGACUGAGACAGAAGAACAGAUCCUGAAGCGACUGCGCAAUGCCAAAGCUGAGAUUGAGCAGGGGACAUCUUCUAAUAUAUUUGAUUUCAUGUUAUACAAUGACAAACUUGAGGAGUCUUAUGAGAAACUUAAGAAAUUAUUGGGACUUGAUGGUUUUGUCGCUGCUUCACCCAAAUCAGCAGCACCUAAGGAGAUUAAUCUUCCAGUGGAUCAUUCAGUGUCUAAAAUUGAUGACAAAAUCAUCAUCUCUUCGGGACUAGAGAAGGAGACAAAGAAUUUGAUCAUGUUGGAUGUUUCUUCACUAAAAGGCGGUGCACCAGGAAGGACAAGAGGGCUUGAUUUUCAAGUCAUAGGGGCCUCUUUGGAUAAGCUUUGCUAACAGUUUAUGAACUUUAGCAACAACUAACUUGGUUUUCUCCAUUCAUAAUGUAACAUCAGAAAUGCGUCACUCGAUAAGGCAUUAGAUUUAUGCGUUAAAACAUUUUUUUUCCCUCUUACCGCCGUUCUUUGAUUGUUAUGGCAAUUGAAUUGACUUGAGUAGUGUUGGCAAUGACACAUUUAUUAUUAUUAUUAUUAUUAUUAUUCCCUACAUGGGCAAUGAAAUGAUUUUGUGA